AUGUAAUAAAAAAUAAAAUAAUUUAAAAAUCUAGAAGAUUUUCGUAACUGCGAUCCUUCAUCACACACAAAUAUUGAAUUUUUAAAUUGUUUCAACGGAAAAAACUAUGCCUAAGAGAUUUGCAAAUUCAGUUCUGUUUUAGAAAGUUGUAGCAAUCUGACUACUAUAUCUCUAAAUCUAGGAUUCAGAGAUCUCUAUGGUGAAACUUUCUCAAAAUUAUGUUCUGGAUUAUCUAAAUGUACUAAUAUCUCAAAUUUUAAAGUUGAAUUAUGUAAGAGUUAAAUUAAAGAUGAAGGUGCAUAAUAAUUAAGUUUCCUAAUUGAAAAUUGGAAAAAUCUUUCAAAUUUGACACUUAAUCUAAAUUCUAAUGAUAUAAGCGAUAAGGGAAUAUCAGAGUUAGCUAAUGCAUUAGGAAAUUGUGUUAAUCUCUCAAAUUUGUCCUUCGAUAUUUCGGGUAAUAAUAGUAUAAUAGUCAACUCUACAUUUAACCUUAGUUCUAAUUUAACAAAGUGCAAAAAACUAUCAAAUUUGAAUCUCUAACUCUACAACACCGUACUUGUCGACUAUAAUAUAUCAGAGUUAGUUUCUGAUUUAGCAAAGUGUAAAAAUCUUUCAGCUUUGGAAUUGAAUAUAGGUUUUAAUGGUUUUGAUUCGUUAGUUUUAGAAAAUUUAGGUUCUGAGUUAGCACAUUUUACUCAUCUCUCAAAGCUUUCACUAAAUAUCCGUAAUAAUGAAAUUAGUGAUUAAGUUGUCUAUAAUAUAUGCUCCGGUUUAAAAUAUUGUACUAACCUUUCAAUUUUAGAUCUCAACCUUGGAGGAGAUUAAUUGAAUGAAUUAGCUGCAUCUCACAUAUCAUCUACUUUAGUUCAAUUACCGAAUCUCUCAAACUUGGCUAUUAUGCUUUCAGGUCAAGAAAUUAAAGCCGAGGGUGCAUCAUACAUAGGUUCUGCUUUGUCAAAAUGCAAUAAUCUCUCAGCUUUAUCACUUUAACUAAGAUCUAAUAAUAUCGGUACUACUGGUUUUAAAGACUUAACUUCUGGUUUAUUUAAUUGCUCUAAUCUCUCAAGUUUAACGCUCGAUCUCUAUAAUAAUAGUAUUGAUGAAGAGAGUAUAUUAGAUUUAGGUUAAGCUAUAGUAAAAUGUACUAAAAUCUUUAAUUUAUAUCUCUGUCUGAUAUAUGAUAAUUAUUUUAGUGAAGAAGGUUAUUCAGAUUUCAUUUCUGCAAUAGUAAGUCACUAAAGUAUCUAAACGUUAUAACUUGAUGAUAACUUCAGAAUAUUCUCAAACUAAAUUUUUAAAAUGAAGAAACUGGUCAGAAUGAUUUUUAAUUAAGAGGAUUAUUAUUGA